GAUAUUUCCAUUUUCCAGUUGACAAUGGAGAAAUCCAUUGUCAACUGGAAGAUGGAAAUGUCAAUACCUGCAUGUGUGGUGCAGCAGGUUUGAAUGAAGGCAUCAUGCCAACACUACAACACAAGCACAAUGCAUCAAGAAUGCUACAAAACAACUCGGAGCAUGUCUCCAUUGUCAACUGGGAGAUGGAAAACUCAAUAGGUGUUGUUUGCUUUAGAAAUGAAAGAGAGCAGGGUUUGCCCAUGGCGUACCAUGGACCACAACAGCCCUGAGGGAGUGUUCAGCUAAGGGUACGGUAUGCUUAAAAAGAACCAACUUGUAGGAAAUAUUACACCCAACUACAUCAUUGGGAACCAAUGUGGGCGCAAAGCCGGGUGUCAUAGCCCCCUCUUAGCUGCAUCCAAGUGCCUCCUCAAUGUCUGACAGAGGGGCUCCAAUUAAAAUCACCAAAAGCUCAGGGAAGAGCUCAGUGUUGGAGGCGCUGUCAGGCGUGGCUCUGCCAAGAGGCAGUGGCAUUGUGACAAGAUGUCCUCUCGAACUGAAGAUGAAGAGAAGGAGAGAAGGAGAGGAGUGGUACGGGAAGAUAAGCUACCAGGACCAUGAAGAAGAGAUAGAAGACCCUGCCGAUGUGGAUAGGAUGAUUAGAGAAGCUCAGGUCAAAUUGGCUGGGGUCGGGGUCGGGAUCAGUGAUGACCUCAUCAGUCUAGAGAUCGCCUCUCCUAAUGUUCCAGACCUGACGCUCAUUGACCUGCCCGGCAUCACCAGGGUGGCUGUAAAGGGACAACCGGAGAACAUUGGAGAGCAGAUAAAAAGACUGAUCCAAAAGUUUAUCACAAAACAAGAGACCAUCAGCUUGGUAGUUGUUCCAUCCAACGUGGACAUAGCAACCACAGAGGCUCUGAAGAUGGCGCAGGAGGUGGAUCCUAAUGGAGACCGGACUUUGGGUAUCUUGACCAAGCCUGACCUGGUGGACAAAGGCACGGAAGAGUCGGUAGUUGAAAUUGUCCAUAAUGAGGUCAUCCACCUGAAGAAGGGCUACAUGAUCGUCAGGUGCAGGGGUCAGAAGGAGAUCACAGAGAGGGUGUCUCUUACGGAAGCGACAGAAAGAGAAAAAGCCUUCUUCAACGAUCAUCUGCACUUCAACACUCUCUACAAUGAUGGCCAUGCUGGUAUUCCUAAACUGGCUGAGAAACUCACACUUGAGCUGGUGCUUCACAUCGAGAGAUCUCUGCCUCGACUGGAAGAGCAGAUAGAGGAGAAACUUGCACAGACUCAAGCAGAGCUGGACAGAUAUGGCUGUGGACCCCCAGCUGACGCAGCGGAGAGAGUCUUCUUCCUCAUUGACAAAGUGACCGCAUUCACACACGAUGCCAUCAGUCUGACGACAGGAGAGGAGCUCAAGUGUGGAGACAAGUUCAAUGUCUUUUCUAUACUCAGAAAAGAGUUUGGGAAGUGGAAUGCCCAACUGGACCACUCGGGACAUAACUUUAACAAGAAGAUUGAGAGAGAGGUGGAGGGAUAUGAAGAUAAGUACCGUGGAAGAGAACUGCCGGGCUUCAUCAACUACAAGACCUUUGAGGUUAUGGUCAAGGAGCAGAUCAAACAGCUGGAAGAACCGGCUGUCAAGAAACUCAAGGAUAUAAGCGACGCGGUUAGGAAGGUGUUCAUUCAGCUGGCCCAAAGUAGCUUCAUUGGAUUUCCUAACCUUAUUAAAACAGCCAAGACAAAGAUCGAAGCCAUCAAGCAAGAAAAAGAGUCCACUGCUGAAUCCAUGCUGAGAACCCAGUUCAAGAUGGAGCUGCUUGUGUACUCUCAGGACAGGACCUACAGCAACAGCUUGAGUGACAGGAAGAGGGAAGAGGUUGUUGAUGAGGAAGAAGACCUGAGGAGUAUUGUGUACAGCAUGGAUAAUAGUGCAACAAUUCAGGAGCUGAUGUUGCACCUUCAAUCAUAUUACAAAAUUGCCGGCCAGCGUCUGGCGGACCAGAUCCCACUGGUGAUCCGCUACCAGGUGUUGCAGGAGUCUGCUGCCCAGCUGGAGAGGGAGAUGCUGCAGAUCAUUCAGGACAAGGAGAGUUUUGAGUUCUUGCUGAAGGAGGACUUCGACACUGGCACCAAGAGGAAUGCUUUGCAGAGUCGCUUUAAACGCCUCAUGAAGGCCCGCACAUUCCUGGUGGAGUUCUAGCCGAGAUCAGGCAUAGGCACACUGUGAACUGCAGCGUCAAGGUCAUUGGUGUAGGUAUUGUAGGCAUUAUAAAUGGGUUUUCAGAUGCCUGACAAAAAGUCUGUGGCAUUUAAAAUCUUUUUAGAGGAACCUUUUCUUUUUUUUUUUUUUAGAGGAACCAGUGCAAUGCUAACUUUCUGACGUAUUUUUAAAUAUAGCACGAGUCUGCUGUACUGCUUUUAUUUGUCAAAUAUAGUACAAAUGUGAAUGUAUUGCUAUGGCAUUUGAUUUUGUUAUGUAAAAUGGACACGUUUACUUUCGAUGUUACAUUUAGGUCUGAACAGUUCUAUAUCAGCGAGGGAUGAGUGGUCUUAAAUGUACUGUAAUAUGUACUUCUGCUGGCAUUCCGAGGGAAAGUAAAAUACAAUGCCUGUUAUUUCAUACAUUAAAAAUAGAUCAUAGGAGCCCAUUGUUUAAACCAUGUUUCUGAGAAGUCCAGUGUGAAUGCUUUGUAGUGGUUUCCUAUUAAUGGCUGAACCACUUUAAUCAAAUGGGUAGUUAUUGUUUCUCCAAGUGCAUCUUUUUCAUACUGGGCAAAUAUCUUUGAUUAAAUAAAGAAACAAUUUCACUUUAA